CCAGAGUCCCAGAGGUGCAGACAAGCAGCCUGCUGGAGGUGGAGAUGGACAGCAGGAAGCUAUCCCGCCUGGGGAAGAAGCCAGAGCCACCACUCUCCCCGGAGCUCAGGCGGGCCUCUCCCUCACUGGGCAGGACGGCAGCCUGGGCUCAGCCCAGUGCCCAGAGCAGUGCUCAGCAGGGACUGCAGACUCAGGACUGGGGUCCCACAGCGACGUGGGUGUCACACGUUGAGGGCGACAUCGUGCAGAUCGUGGCCCAGCUGGUGUCCAAGGACGUGGACAGGGACGUGCUCCUCCCCCACCCGCUGAGGUCCGUGGAGUCCACCAAUGCCUUCCAGGCCUUCCUGGCCCAGAGCACGCUCUUCUGGCAGAACGCAACUUUGAAGGCCUGGGCCUCGAGGUCACGCCCCUCCUAA